GUUCGUGGAUCACCAUGGUCACGUGUCUGUCACGUGACGCCACUUCCUGGCGGCAGAUUCAGACGGGUUCGAAGUCGCGCGGGUUGGAGGCCUACGAUAAAUAGAAAUAUUGGUAAACAAAAGCAGUAACAGAAAGCGACGAUACACAAUUAUGAUGAGUCUCGGUCAUCAUGAUGAACCCUCAGAUAUUGAUCCUGCUGAAAUGAACAACAUUGUUCCAGAUACAGCAUCAGCUUCUGAUGGGGUGACACCCACACGUUUAUUAAAAAUGAAAGAAAUAAUGGAAAAUCAGUGUUUUGAAAUGAAUGUUAAAGUCAGCAUGGGAAAACAUAAAGAGUCCUGUGAAGCUGAUGCAGACCUAUCCAAGUAUGAAAGUGAAAUAGAGCAGGCAAGACUCUCAUAUUUCAACAAAACACUGGUGUUGAACAGAAUGCAGAUAUGGAACGUCAUCACUGAAAAGAUGAUUCAGAAUGAUGCAGAUGCUGAGGCACUGACAGAAUUGACCCACCAGAACACUGAACUCUGUGAAAAGACCAUGAAAAUUUUAAAGGAAACACGAGAGCUUCAGGACCAGAUCACAGAUAUCCAAAAGGAAAGACUCGACCUAAAAGGACAAAUCAAGAAAAAAAUGCAGGAGAUAAAUGAGUUGAAACAGGUAAAGGAGAACCAAGGAGAAGUUCAACAGAGAGCUAAGGAAAGAGCUGAAGCAGUCCUACAGAAAUACCAGAAGGUCACCACCAUUUUACAAAAUGUGUUGCGGGGAAUAAUACUGGCCAGUAAAGUCAACUGGAGGGAUGAUCCGAAAUUGAGGGACAUUGCAAUGGGACUAGAAAACAUUCCCAACUAACUAAAGGCCUGUUUGAACACAGUUCUCCAAUUAAUGUGUGUAUACUUCACCUGUAAAUGUGCUCACUGUUACCAUGUUAUGUGUAAUGUAUAUUUAAGCUUUUUAUGACAGCUCAUUUGUUUUACAAUUCUGAAAGUAAGAAAUGAACUGCAUUUAACCAAUAAAUUUACUUUUUAAAAUAAA